GGGAUUAAAAUAAACUGUACUUCCGCUGCUGAUCUAACGUUCCUGCAACCAUCUCCAUUUUACAGCUGAACUGAAACGGACACUGUACAUGUUAAAGAAUAGCCUACAGAGGCUAAACACGGAGGAAUCCUGGAAGGAGCCGGAGGAGAGAAGAUAUGCACACAACAUGGCUUUUAUGUCUCUCAUUUAAGAUGUGAUGACAUGGCUCAGGCAGGGAAAGAACCGAAACGGACUAACCGUGUCGUGCUGGUCAAGAGAAUAAUAAAGAGCGAUGACAACAACCCGAUGCAGCAAGGAAUCGGGAAGCCGAGUGUGUACCACGCAGUGGUGGUCAUCUUCCUUGAGUUUUUUGCCUGGGGGCUGCUCACCACACCGAUGCUUACCGUUCUACACGAAACGUUCCCCCAGCACACGUUCCUGAUGAACGGCCUCAUUCAGGGUGUGAAGGGCUUGCUGUCUUUCAUGAGCGCUCCAUUAAUCGGAGCGCUAUCAGAUGUCUGGGGCAGGAGAUCUUUUCUGUUGGUGACGGUGUUUUUCACCUGCGCGCCUAUUCCUCUGAUGAGACUCAGCCCCUGGUGGUACUUUGCCAUGAUCUCAGUGUCCGGGGCUUUCUCAGUCACCUUCUCGGUCAUCUUUGCGUAUGUAGCAGACGUCACCGAGGAGCGGGAGAGGAGCACCGCGUACGGACUCGUGUCCGCCACGUUCGCAGCAAGCCUGGUGACGAGCCCCGCAAUCGGUGCUUACCUCUCAGCCAACUACGGAGAUAACCUGGUGGUCCUGGUGGCAACGCUCAUCGCCCUGGCGGAUAUCUGCUUCAUCUUGCUGGCCGUCCCUGAGUCGCUGCCCGACAAGAUGAGACUGACCACGUGGGGCGCACCAAUCUCCUGGGAGCAGGCCGAUCCUUUCGCUUCUCUGAGGAAAGUGGGCAAGGACACGACCGUGCUUCUCAUCUGCAUCACGGUGUUUCUGUCGUACUUACCAGAGGCAGGCCAGUACUCCAGCUUCUUCCUGUAUUUACGACAGGUCAUUAACUUCUCACCUGCAACUAUCGCCGUAUUCAUCGGAGUGGUGGGGAUCCUAUCCAUCGUGGCCCAGACACUUUUUCUCACGCUGCUAAUGAGAACCAUUGGGAACAAGAACACGGUUCUGCUGGGCCUCGUAUUCCAGAUCCUCCAGCUGGCGUGGUACGGCUUCGGAUCAGAACCAUGGAUGAUGUGGGCGGCCGGAGCAGUGGCAGCCAUGUCCAGCAUCACCUUUCCUGCAGUGAGUGCACUCGUAUCUCGCAGCGCUGAUCCAGACCAACAAGGUCUAGUGCAGGGAAUGAUCACAGGCAUCCGAGGCCUGUGUAACGGCCUCGGUCCGGCGCUCUACGGCUUCAUCUUCUUCCUCUUCGAUGUGGAGCUGAGCGGAAUCGCACCCAUCCAGACCGACUACAACAUCCCUCUUCAGACUCCCAGUGAGAAGGUGGCGAUACCAGGUCCUCCCUUCCUGCUGGGCGCAUGCACGGUGCUGGCAGCCUUCUUCGUGGCGCUGUUCAUUCCAGAACGAACAACAGCGGGCACCAAGUCGUGCCAGGAGCUGAAGAGAAGCGGCAGCCUGACAGGAGCGCACGCCAACACGCCGCUUCCGGGCAGCGACGAGGACUUCGAGCCUCUUCUGGAGGACAGCACUGUGUGACUGUGUGACCGUCAAACUUUCCUCCAGCCCUCGGAGGAAAAAAAAAAAACAACCAGUGAGCAAAAGCCCCCACAAAGCCUCCCAGAAGAGUUUUAUUUAUAAUUAGGUUUUGUAUUAUGUUUUAAUAUUAACGCGGUUCGUUGUUGAAAUCUUUUGUUUUAAAUCUCGAAUUUUGAACCGAAGUUUUCCACGCAACAUUGCGUUUCAAUUUUUGUUUCUUUCCUUUUGUUUUUUUGUUUUUUUUUUUUUUUUUUGUAAAAAAUUUUUUUUUUUGUUUUACUCUAUUUUGCCACAGCUAAAAGGGCUCGGAUGUGCUGUAGCAGAAAUGGAGUGAAACCCUGCAGUGGGGCAGGUGGAAAACUUAAUGCUUUGUGUUUCUAGAUGCAACGUUGAGUCAGGUUUAAUGGGCAAAGUGCAGUAACGUGAAUCGCUUAACUUUAGACUUCAUAGAUCCUUAAGUUUACUGUGUUUUUGGAAAAACGCUCAGAUGGUUUUUAAGCGAUUAGAGCUCUCUGUAUAGCGGUUUCUAUGUAGAUUUCUCAUCUUUUGGAUUCAGAGCCAUGAGAUUUGUGCGAUCAGUGAUGAGAUUGUGAGUGUUUUUUAUUUUUUUCUUUUCUAUUUUUGUUUAUUUUUUUUUUUUAAUUUUUUUUUUUUUUUGUGUUACCAAGCCUUAAAGCUACAUAUCCAGUGAAAUAGGACUGUAGGAAUUUAACGUAUUAUUUAUUGACGCAGACGAGUUUGCGGAGCGUCGUGGGACGUCGUCAGAGCCGCAUCUUUCACUUGACGUGUCUUUUACGUUGACAGUGUUACGUCGAGGUGAAAAGGUUAGAAGGACGGUGCUAACGGAGGUACUGAUCAUGACGCAAUUACUGUGAGGCGCAGGUCAGUCGUGGUCAGUGAGGCACUGUUUUUAGGAGGGUAAAAGUUUCUAUGCAGGAGUUCUGAGCAUUUAGUGCUAUUUUUUUAUUUCUGUUUAUUUACAUUUGGUUUAAAAGCCAUUUUGCGUAAAAUAUGAUUUAAAAAAAAAAAUAAUAAUAAUAUUGUUUUUAUACUUUUGCAGGGAUGUGUGUGUGUGUGUGUGUGUGUGUGAGUGUGAAGGUGGCUGGCUGGGUGUCCAAAAUGUAAAAAAAGAAAAGAAAAUUCUGCAUGCUGUUUGUUUACUUAAAAAAAAAAAAAAAAAGAAAAAAGUGUUCUACGACUAUUUCGGGAACCGCAUGCAGAUUUUUCUUUCAGUCUUGUUUUCUUUUCCUCCAGAACCUCUCUAUGAUCCCAUGGAUGUGCAGAACACGAGCUCGUUCUCGUGCACAUCUUUUUUUUUUCCUUUAAAAUGGAAAAAUUCCAUAAGUGUCACCAGCUACCUCUUCUUUUCUUCUUUUUUUCUUUUUCUGAGGUUCUGAAGAUACGGAGUUUACUGUUUCCUCUUAAAGCCCUCCUGCUCCUCCUCCUCCUCCUCUCUUUCCCAGGAUAAAUUUUGAAAAAUGUAAACCCCCCCCACCUUAGAAAUAACCUACAUUACCAAACAGUAUUUUCGAAGGCCACACAUUCCAUUUGCCCACAGAAAAAAGCUUUUAGAGCAUUUGCAAUUAGUAGUGACCACUGAGGACUGGUUUUGAGCCUGGUAUGGGUUUAAUGUGAUGCCGUUUCCAUUUCGCAAGCUGUGCAUUGACAUUUGUGGUGUGCCUCUGUUUGCCUGUUGAACAGUUAAUUGUGCAGUAGGCAGAAAAAAAACCCUCAGAAGGCGUUUGUUAACUUUCCGACGGUCAUUUUAUAGUCACACCGCUUCACAUCACCGCCCUCUUAAAUCGUGACGAGGAGAAUUUUGGACAUUUACAGUUACACAGCGUAUAACUUUCAAAGCUUUCAAAAUACCAUAAACCGGCCAAAGGUUUAGGGGCGGAGCUUUGCACACAUAGCUGGAAAUAGGGGCGGGUUCAAAUCUUCACCCCAAACUCCGCCUAUUAAUAUUUUAUUUAAAAGAGGCCUUUCUUUCCUAAUGCAUGUUCUAUCCAACAAAACAUCACGCUAUGUCUUUAAAACGACAAUUUCUUGUUGAACAGGCAAAAAGAAAAAAUAAAUAAAUAAAUAACCCGCUCAGCAUGGCACCCAACACUCCGACACUGAAUAAUUACCUCACUGUUCAGUGUUAGAAGUUACAGAAAUAAACAGUCAUUUAUUUCCUGGAUCCAAAAUAACCUGGGCAUUUUACAUUUUUUUAUGCACAAUUUAUUUCUUUUGUGCGUGAACACAGAAAGCAGCUCAGACACAGUGUUUUUGUUUUUUUUUUUAAAUUCUGGACCUUUACUAAUCAAAUAUCACGUUAAUAAGACUAGUCAUAAAUUACAUUAUAUAAA